AACACUCAGAUACUGUAAUGUUUUAAACAUUGUCAGUGUUUUUUUAAAGAGGAAAACAAAUUUCCCCUCCAAAAAAAAACAUCGUUCUGUACAUUCACAUGCACAAAAAAUCAACGGUCAAUGAUGAUAUUCAAGGAUGGGGGAAAAAUAUAUCGAAAAGCUGUACUCCAUACUUUAGUGAAACUCCAUGGUAGCUCGUUACUUAAAAUAAUAAUAAUUAUUACGUUUUUUAAAUUUGUUUUUGAUUUGUAUUGUUACAGUAGUAACGCUUUUUUACUUCUAGUAGUUAAUACAUCAGAAAUACGAUCAGUAAUACUGGUCACGUAUGAAAUUGAACGAAAUAGGUGAUAAUUAAUAAGGCAUUCAAUAUUGUUUUACCAAAACAUUUUGUCUCAAUAUUGUUAACAUAUAUUGUAUUUACUAUUUAUAUCAUUAAUUUAUAGUUAAAAGCAACUUAGAGAGAGAGGGACGGUGGCAAAAUAUUACGUUCAGAUAUCAAUAUGGGAAAAGAACAAUAUUUUAUAAUCACAACCCUUAUUGUCGGAAUUAUAACUGCUCUUCCUAAAGAUAGGGUUGUCUUUGAGAUUGAUUCACCUAAAAUUCAGAAUAAAGCACAUGAAGACAUAAUACCACACAUUGCAUCUAAGUUACCAUCACAAGAUACAUGUGGUAAAAGAAAGGCACCAAGUUUUCGAAUAGUUGGAGGAAGUGAUUCAGAUUUAGGUGUUUGGCCAUGGAUGGUAGCUCUCGGAUACAUGGGUAAAGAUGAUGGCAAUGAUUCUAUAAUAUGGUCUUGUGGUGGUACAUUAAUAUCUAACAAACAUGUCUUAACUGCCGGCCAUUCCGUGGCCAAUACAGGGAGAAGUAUAUUGACAGUUGCACGAUUGGGUGACUUGAAUUUGGAUUCCACUAUCGAUGAUUGGGUAACUCCAUUGGAUGUUCCAAUCGAACGUGUUAUACAACAUGAAAAAUAUAACAAAACAGCUUUUUCCUAUGACAUCGGAUUAGUGAUAUUGAAAAAUGAUAUUACGUUUACUACAUUUAUCCAACCAAUAUGUUUGCCAUUAUCACCAGAUAUGAAAAACAUCGAUAUGGGAAAUAAUUUGCCUUUUAUUACUGGAUGGGGAAAAACUGAUACAGUUGAAGAACCAUCUUCAUCCUUAAAGGAAGUUCGAGUUCCAAUCAUAGACAACGAGUAUUGUCAAUGGAUGAUUUAUAGAGAAUUGAAACAAGUACGAGGAGUAGUUAUCGAUGACAGAAAAUUGUGUGCUGGAGAACAAGGAAAAAGCGCAUGUUCGGGUGAUUCCGGAGGUCCGUUAAUGUGGUUAAAGAAAAAACAAUUUUAUUUGAUCGGCAUUAAUUCUUAUGGUCAAGUUGAGUGUGGAGUCACGCCAGAUGUGUAUACCAAAGUGUCUUCUUAUAUUGAUUGGAUUUUAGAGAAUAUAUAAAUUUUAAUAUAAGCAAUUAAUAAACUUAUUUUAUUCUAAUUUCGAUAAUAAUAUACGUUUGUAUACAACUA